AUGAAGAACGAGGACGAUCAUCGCGAUGGGUUCCAAGUGGACCUGAAGCAUCCGUCGAGAGUCGACCUGGAGGAGAACUUGGAUAACGUCAAUACUCAGGUCCUGAAGGGUUCUCAACUAAAACACCGGAGUACAAGAUCACCAACGGUAUUGUGA